CCCUAGGCUCUGUUAGUUACGCGGCGAUGGUGGAUCAGAUCAGGUCUGGGACUAAUUGAAGGAGCGCCGGAGUGGACCAUUUAUUUAUUGCAUUAUUUAUUAUUGAUUGCUAACCAGUGCUCGACAAGUCGACGGAACACCCAACUGACUGUUACUCGGAGCUCCCCAAAGAGAGACUUUCAAAACGGACUCAUCAGAACUAGACCAGAUCAGCUGUCGUUUCUGUUUGAGCAGCAAUACUGUGUGCCUAAACUCCCCACAACCAGUGCACCACUCAUCUAGGACAUCUGAAGAUCCUCUGCAGCUGCACCAGGUCCUUCUUUUCCCUUCCAUCCUCUUCCUCACUCCACACAAAAUACCAAAAAAACACAAAAAAAAACAGAAAAACUGCAGUACCCUUUCUCUCUGGCCUGAGUCGGAGGCUGUGGUCAAUCCCAGGAUGAGACCACGUGUGACAGGAAAUGGCCUUGAGGUGACGUCAGGUCAGAAGGCGGAAGAAUAACACACAGUUUUGACCAUAUGACAUGUUCACGGUUUCUUUCUGAUACCAGUUGGGUUUAAGAGAACUAGUUUGAAAGCCUUGGUUUCAUUAAAGUCGAGAGUGAGAUUGAGCUGAGAAGGCAGCUGUUCCCAGGAGGAAUCCAGACACGGUGGUGCAGGGCAUGGAUGACGAGGGACAGCAGAGCUUGGAGUGUAUCCAGGCGAACCAGAUCUUCCCCCGUAAACACCCGGUGUUGGAAGAGGAGAGUCUGCAGGUUCCUUUUCCUGAGCUGCAUGGAGAGUUCACAGAGUAUGUGGGGAGGGCAGAUGAUGCCAUCAUUGCAAUGUCUAAUUAUAGGCUGCACAUCAAGUUCAAGGAGUCUGUGGUCAAUCAUUAUUAUCAAACUUGCUCUUGUGAAGUGUCAGUCCCGUUGCAGCUGAUCGAGUGUGUGGAGUGUCGAGAUAUGUUCCAGCUUCAUGUGAUCUGCAAAGACUGUAAAGUUAUCAGAUGUCAGUUCUCCACCUUCGAGCAGUGCCAGGAGUGGCUGAAGAGGCUGAAUGGUGGGAUCCGUCCACCCUCGCACCUGGAGGAGCUGUUCUCAUUUGCAUUCCAUGCCUGGUGCGUGGAGGUGUAUGCCGGGGAGAAGGAGCAGCACGGGGAGCUCUGCCGGCCAGGAGAGCAUGUGACCUCAAGAUUUAAGAAUGAAGUGGAGCGAAUGGGUUUCGAUUUGCAGAAUGCAUGGAGGAUAACGGAAAUAAACAACAAAUACAGGCUGUGUGCCAGCUAUCCCCAGCUGCUGCUUGUGCCAGCCUGGAUCACAGACAAGGAGCUGGAGAGCGUAGGUGGCUUCAGGUCCUGGAAGAGAUUCCCUGCCGUGGUGUACAGGCACCAGAGCACGGGGGCAGUAAUUGCCCGUUGUGGGCAGCCUGAGGUGAGCUGGUGGGGGUGGCGCAAUGCUGACGAUGAGCACCUGGUCCAAUCCAUCGCCAAGGCCUGUGCCAUCGAUUGCAGCUCCAGCAAGCACCUCGCCAACGGGAACUGUCUCCGGGACUACAGCAACGGCACAGACGUCUCAGACGGGGAGUUUGACUCCUCAAUGACGCACGGCACUGGAGUGGAGUCACUGGCCAUCCAACCACAGAAGCUCCUCAUCCUCGAUGCCAGGUCAUACGCUGCUGCCGUCGCCAACAGAGCGAAAGGGGGUGGCUGUGAGUGCCCAGAAUACUAUCCCAACUGUGAAGUAGUGUUUAUGGGGAUGGCCAACAUCCAUUCCAUCCGAAAGAGUUUCCAGUCUCUGCGAUUGCUCUGUACACAGAUGCCAGAUCCUGCAAACUGGCUGUCUGCUCUGGAGGGCACCAAGUGGCUGCAGCACCUGUCUGUGCUGCUCAAGGUGUCUCUGCUGGUGGUGAACGCGGUGGACCGGGACCUGCGGCCGGUGCUGGUGCACUGCUCUGAUGGCUGGGAUCGCACCCCCCAGAUUGUGGCCCUGUCUAAACUGCUGCUCGACCCCUUUUACAGAACCAUCGAGGGUUUUCAGGUGCUGGUGGAAACAGAGUGGCUGGAUUUCGGGCACAAGUUUGCGGAUCGCUGUGGCCACGGGGAGAACUCUGACGACCUGAAUGAGCGCUGCCCCGUGUUCCUGCAGUGGCUGGACUGCGUGCAUCAGCUCCACAGGCAGUUCCCCUGCUCCUUCGAGUUCAACGAGGCAUUUCUGGUAAAGCUGGUGCAGCACACCUACUCCUGUCUGUUUGGGACAUUCCUCUGUAACAACGGCAAGGAGCGGGAGGACAGGCAUACGCAGGAGAGGAGCUGCUCUGUGUGGUCCCUGCUGCGCCCCGCCAGCAGGGCCUUCCGAAACAUGCUGUACUCCUCCCACUCAGAAACGGUGCUGCACCCAGUGUGCCAUGUCCGCAACCUGAUGCUGUGGAGUGCGGUCUACCUACCGAACCCCUCCCCCUCCACCCCCACUGACGAAUCGUGCGCACCGUACCCUGUCCCAGGCUCCACCUCUGAGGAUCAACCCCUGGGAAGCAGGCUCCCAAAGACCAGGUCCUUUGACAAUCUGCCCAGCGCCUGCGAGGCAGGAGGCUCACUGGCUCCUAACCGGCGCUCCAGUGACCCGAGUCUGAAUGAAAAGUGGCAGGACCACUGCCGCUCACUGGAACUCAACGUGGGGCCUGAGGGGGGCAGGCAGGAUCAGGGGGAGGGGCCUCCCGCAGGGGGUAGGGCCAGCAAUCCCCGGGAGGAAGGGCCCAGGGGAGGAGAGCAAGAAGAAGAUGAGGAAGAUGAGGAGGGGUCCCUACAGGGAAACACACCAGCCGUGUGGCAGAAAGCUAAACCAGGAGCCAGUGGGCCUACGACGGACAGCACUCUCGAGGCAGAGUUGUUAGUGGAGGUAGGAGUGGCCGAGGGGCAGAUGGAAAACAUCCUUCAUGAGGCGACAAAAGAGGAGAGUGGAGCAGAGGAUCCUAAGAAAGAGAUGAACAGCGACUCUACUGACAAACCACAGCAAGAGGAUUUGCCAGCCCUGCCACCUCCCCCACCUCUGCCGCCUGCACUCCCUGCCCUGGAAAACAAGAAGUCCGCUCGUGACCAUGCCUCUGAAUCCCCAGAGUCAUAUGUUGCUCAAGACCCAGCAGGACUCUCAAACUCUAUCAGCAGGGUUCCAAUCCUGGCUGGAUUGAGUGGUCCUGUGUUUAGGACUAUUGCCAAUGGCUACAGCCAGGCAGUAUCUAUGGAGUCAAAUGAGUCUGAGAGCCACUACACCACACCCCAGCAUAGCCCCCCUCCCUCUCUUGCUCCUGAGAGGCUGGAGGACAGAGCCUCACUGAUGGAGAGCUCCACAGAGACUCUGACAGAGGAAGAGGGGAGGCAAGAGGGGGUGCCGACAGCCUGCCUUUCCUCCAGGCUGUCUAACGGGGCAGAGAGUCCACUGCCCUGCCCUGAAGGGGAAGGGAGCAGGGAGGUUCAGUCAGAAACGGACACACCAAGGACUUUAAAUGGUGGCCACAGGUUAUCCCAAAGUGCCUUGCUCCCCAACCUUUCUGGCGAAUUCAAGCAAGAAGAGCCAGUCUGCAACGGAGAGGUCUCAGAAGGGGAACCCUGGCCCCCCCAUCUGCCACGGAUCAACGGUCACUACCCCAACGGGGAAAGGGUCUCUCUCAGCCGGCAGAUAUCAGCAGCCAGCUGUGGCUCCCUGGCUCUUCACGCUCGUGGCAGCGGCAGCUCCGUCUGUCAACACCGGUGCCCACACAGCUUCAUGGGACGACCUCCCCCCAGCCCAGAGCAGCCAGCCCGCAGUCACCUGGACGACGAUGGGCUGGCUGUCUACAAUGACAUCAUCCAGCAGCGGCUGCGGCAAAUCGAGGCAGGACACCAACUGGAGGUGGAAACUCUUAAGAAGCAGGUGCAGGAGCUCUGGAGCCGGCUGGAGAGCCAGCACUUCAACAACUCCCUGAGGAUCAAUGGGGACACAGGAGAUGAAGUGACCUCAACACCAGACUCGGAGAGCAACCUUGAUCAGAGCUGCUUGUCUCGCUGCAGCACUGAGCUCUUCUCUGAGGCCAGCUGGGAGCAAGUAGAUAAACAGGACACUGAGGUGACUCGGUGGUACCCUGACCACCUGGCUCCACAGUGCUAUGGGUGUGAGAGCAGGUUCUGGCUGGCCAGCAGGAAACACCACUGCAGGGACAGGGAGCCUGUUAAGGAAGCCUGGAACUGUGGAAAUGUAUUUUGCUCCACAUGCUGCGACCAGAAGAUCCCAGUCCCCAGCCAGCAGUUGUUUGAGCCCAGCCGUGUGUGCAUGACUUGUUAUGGCAGCCUUCAACCGCACAGCACCACCCUGGAGCUAGAACUGGAGAAGCCCAUUACUGCCAGCUCCAACUAGAGACUGCACCCAGCCUUGGGGACCGGAGGCUGGGGUGAGGAAGGAAGCUUUUCUCCCUGCCCCCCACAAACACGCACAUUGCUGCCGAACUGAGUCGCCUUGGAAAGAAAAUAUGAAAAUAAGAUAAUAUAUUUUACAAAAACAAAUGGCCAUGUAUAUGGGGUGCGGGGGUGGAGGCUAAGCACUUUGGAUACAAUGAGUGAUCUGUGCACACAGAACUGCUGGAGUUAUUAUUGGGGUGGGGAUUAUGUUUAGGGAAAUGCCAAGCUGGUGUAAAGCAGGCUAGAAAGACCCCUUUGGUCACUGCAGAGAGGUAGGAAGUUGCUUAAUUUAUGCUACUUUCACACUGAACUUUCAAGCAGCCUCCUAUCACAUUAGGAGUAUUUUAAGAAACCUGUUGAGUGCAGUGCUUUGCCCAUUGAGUUGAAAAUGGACUGGAUUUUAUGUGUUGUGUGACUAUAUACCCUGAUCUCGCAAAAGCUGUUGGAAUUGUUCAAAUUGAAUACAGUACCUAGCCAUUUGAGGGAAAAUAGUGUUUCAUCUUAUUUUGUGUGAAAACAAAAAAAGCAUGAGGCUGAAGUAGAAAUGGAAAACACGACUGGAGAUCGGCUGCCAUUAGAUUUAUUUGGGGACAUUAGAGAUAUAAACUACAAGAGUGAAAAGACACCCCUGUCAGGCCUUUCUGAAGUGGAAUUGGCAUACACCUAUUGUCCAGGGCGGUGCAGUUUGAUUUGGUCACAGUUGUAAGCUUGGUUUUGAAAGUGUUACCUGCUUGAACCAGGUUUGAACAUAAUCCGUUAGGGUCAGUUCUCCCACCUCAAACAAAUACUGAACAUUAAAGCUAUUAAAAGUUUAAAAAUAAAUAAAUAAAUCUGAAAAUAUCCCACACCUCUGCAGUGUGUACAUAUAAAUAUAUUGUACAAGGCAGUAGAUAGAAAACAUGAUGUCCAGUCAAAGGAUAUACAUUUCCAAAUUGUACAGACUGACACGUGUAUGAUGAAUGUCCCUUUACAAAGUUCUGUGCAUGUUCGAUCCGAUUCUGCACUCUGAGUCACCUCAUACCUGCAAUGGAGAGCAUGGAUCAGGAGGCAAUGUUCACUAAACCCAGACACAGCGUUAUUCAAAAUACAACUUGCUACAAGUAAUUUACUUUAAAGAAACUUUUAUUUUACAGUACCCUGUAUGUGAUCAAAGCAGUACCUUCCUCAUUGAAUGAAAGUAAAACAUAGCCCAGAGACCAACUCCUCCCCAGGAAACUCCAGACCCACCUCUCCCAGGAGGGAGACAGUGGGGUCAGGGACAAUUAAUAGAACAGAAGGGUCUACACACGUACAUGCAUAUAGCAUUUAACGUAUCCAAAAACUCAUAAACAAGCACCUUAAAUGUCAUCCCAAAUUUGUAAGAACCAUUGGCGGUGUGGAGCAGUGUUGGGAUGGCAGCAGACCUACCCAGUUGGGUUUGCAGUAGUACAAUUAACAGUAAAUACAACUAUUAGGAUGAGACAGGAUCUGUUUCAUAAUUGAGGGAAUCGCCAGUGCAGGAGUUAGAUUUGUACAAUCAUUCCCAUCAUAUGGUUAAAAGAUUACAGCUUCAUAUUUUUUUUUAAAUAACUCGAAAUCCAGGAAGGGUGAGAGCCAUGGAGAAAGAAAGAUGAAUUAUUUUCACGUAGCAAUUUUCUCUUUUGAGUUUUGUUAUUUGAGCUUUUGGCAAUUUUUUCGACCAUUUUUGGUCAAUUAUACCAUCCUCUCCCCGUGAGCUAUUGCAAUGCUAGCAAUAAAUUGAAUACUUCUCGCUCAUUCCUAUUCAGGUUUUGAGUCCUCAUGGCUGUUUUCUCAAGCUUCUCAUAGGCUCUGGGCUGAAAGGAGAAGGACUGGUGCAGAUAGAUGGAGAUAAUGUAGCAGGUGUGCAUUAGCAGGACAUGAAAGUAGUGUAUUAGUCACAACAGUGGGAUGAAAGUUUUGUUUUGUUUAUGACACCUUUUUAAGUCUGCAGCCCAGUCUGUUGAGUGCCAUAAGAUGGGUGUGCAAAGACUUCUUUUUUUUUUUUUUUUUUACACACACUAUAUUCUGAGAAGUGUAGUUGCUCCUUUGGUUUGUGCCCCUACAGCUACAGUCUACUACAAGGUGUUUAUAGAACAUGGUACGCAAGCCUUGUAAUUUGAUUUCUAAUGGAUUUUCACUUUAUUUCUCUCUUAUAAUAUUUCUGCAUACAAGCACUUGCGCAUUCACCUAUUUGAUUACACAGACACACCUGCCUGAGUUCUGUGUUGAAUUAAGAGUAAGUCACAAGCCCUUCUGUUUCACAGUGGAACUGUUAGUCAUAAAGUAGAUGUGGUGCUAGAUUGCUAAAAGGGGAAGAUUUUUCAGAAUUGUUUGAAUUCACAAAGGAACAGCACUGGGACUUGGAUCUGGAAUAAGACAGUGGCAGCUAUAGUAUGGGUGGCCUUUUUUUUAGUGCAUUUUCUCGGGGUGGACGAAUCAUUACCAGUCACUCACUGGAACUCGAGUCAAGCAACUUAUAGGAGAUCCUGACCUCAAAGUUUUGGGGACUACAUCCAGAUUCAUGUACAGUAAUUCAACAAUUGUUAAUUAAAGGGAUUAUUACUGGUAAGCUAAACUGAUUCAAAUGAGAUGUGUGUUUUACAAUUGGUUUGUGGACAGGAGUGCAGGAUCAUUGCACAAAAUCUCUAGUGACAGAUGAGAAACACAAUAAAGUUAUGGUUCUGUGUAAAGAAAUUCUCUCUCUCUCUCUCUCUCUCUCUCUCAUAUAUAUAUAUAUAUAUAUAUAUAUAUAUAUAUAUAUAUAUAUAUAUAUAUAUAUAUAUAUAUAAGCUAGAACUGUUUUCUUUUCAUCCCACCAAAGAAAUAUCAAUUGCUAUUGUUUGAGACAUUCGAGUGAUACACAGAUAUUCGAGAGACUUCACACCACUGUAUCCAUCUACUCCAUUCCCCUUCCCUCAACUCUCAGUUUUGAGGAACAAGGUUUAAGGAAUCAUGAUGGGAAGGGGGCAAAAUAGUGGAGGAAAGAAGGCUUGAUUUCAGUUGGUUCCACUACGUGAAAUCCAGUGGGCUUGCAUAGUAGUGUUAAAUAACUCUGUAGAAAAAUAACAUUUUAGGAUAAACUUCUUGGCUGAAAUUAGGUUUCACUAAAAAAAGUUAUGGUUGCAAGUAUAGGUGUGUGUGGCCCAGGGAAACCCUAGUAUUUUGGAAAGAGGUCCUUUUAUCACAAAGGGGUGGUGGUGAUUGGAGGCUGGCUUUAGGUGUCACCAGUUGUUGCUUUUUUUUUUUUUCUUUUCUUUUUAUGGGGUUUAGUGUACAGAGCGUUUUUGUUUUUCAGCGAGGAAGUCCCAGAGAGGUUUAAAAAAGGCUAGGGCUUGGGGUCAAAGCUUCUCCUGAGAGAGAGAUAGACAGGUGCCAAUUGGUAAUAAUACGGGUUCCUGGGAAUGUGAUUAUACCUGUGCAUAUGCCUUCACAGCAAACUUGUCAAGGUUGUUUUUUUGUUUUUUUUUAUUAUUCUUGUUUUUCAUUAAAAGCACUUUUAAGUUUUCUCUUUCUCUCUCUUUGUAAAGGGGAAUUUGUAGCUGUACAUAGCUAUUUUCCUGUAACAAAUGCACCUUACUUAGUAUAAAUAUUGUUUUUGUUCAAUUUUCUUUGAAGAGCAUUACGCUGUAGAGAUUCAAAAAUCUAAAUAAAUACACGUUUUAGCAUCUGCGUGUUGCAUUUGCUAAUCUGA